UGAAGGCAACCUCACCUAACCCGGAAGCGUGACGUCACGAGCCAUAACAAACGCGCCUGCCUCAACUGUCAUCCCCGUUGUCGCCUCGGCCUGUGUCGGCGUUGUUCAGCGACGCGUUAUUCUCGAAGGGGAAAACACAUACCGGGUUGUUUUGUUCGCUUUGUACCGGCGAUAACAAUCGCUCGAUCCCGACUGACCUCCCCGCGCUCCUCCGUUAGCUUGGCUUGCUAUAACAAUGAGCGCCAUCAUGAUGGCAUGCGAGUGAAACUGGCAGCGACUUCUUCUGUCGCUUAAAAAAAACAAAAAAGAACACUUCCGCUUUUUUUUAUUUUUUGGUGGUAGCUAACUUGAAAAGAACAGAAGCGAAUAAGAGGCAGGCGGCAAUGGAGCCACACGCGGCGACGGGCUGCGUGAACGUGGGCUGUCUGACCAGCGCCUUGCCGGUGAUUCCUUACCAGAAGCUGACUGACUUGUACUACCUGAGCAAAGGGGGCUUCGGCACCGUGUUCAAGGCUCAACACUCCGACUGGAGGACCACCGUGGCCAUCAAGUGUCUGAAGUUGGACUCCCCUUUUGGUGAAAGAGAGAGAAAGUGUCUGCUGAAGGAGGCAGAGGUCCUCCACAAAGCCCGGUUCAACUACAUCAUCCAGAUCUUCGGCAUCUGCAACGAGCCAGAGUUCUUUUGUAUCGUGACAGAGUUUAUGAGCAAUGGCUCCCUGGAUCAACUGCUGCAUGAGAAGGACAUGUACCCCGUGCUCGCCUGGCCUUUAAGGCUGCGGAUCCUCUAUGAGAUCGCCUUGGGAGUCAACUUCCUUCACAACAUGAACCCGCCCCUUUUACACCAUGACCUGAAGACGCAAAAUAUUCUAUUGGACAGUGAAUUUCAUGUCAAGAUUGCCGAUUUUGGUCUUUCAAAGUGGCGCCAGCUGUCUGUCAGUAAAGGGUCUGGGUCUAAACCCUUGGAAAUUGGCGGCACUGUGAUCUACAUGCCUCCUGAAGAGUAUGAGCCCUCCAAAAGCCACCGGGCUGACGUGAAACAUGAUAUGUACAGUUAUGCCAUCAUUAUGUGGGAGGUACUUUCCAGACAAAUUCCAUACAAAGAAGUGACCAACCCCCUUACGAUCAUGUUCAAUGUACUUCAUGGGAUGCGUCCUGACACAAGCCCGGCUAGUCUGCCUGAUCAAAUCCCUAGCAGGGACACCCUUGUUUGCUUAAUGAUCUGCGGUUGGACCACUAACCCCGAUGAACGACCUUCCUUCCUCAAGUGUCUGGUAGAGCUGGAGCCCAUGGUGAGGAAGUUCAACGAAAUAGAAUUUUUGGAGGCAGUGCUAGAGAUCAAGAAGUCAAAGCUGGUCCGGAGAGCCAGCUGUUGCUCAGCACAGCCAGGGAGCAAAAAGACGUCUGAGAACGGAACUUUGACAAGGCUUAAAGACAUGGCUUGGCCUUGGCCGGACAGCGCCACCUCAGGAUCAGGCUCUUGUUCCUCCCAGGAAACGGACAUAUCACUGCCAGGCGCCCUCACCAGCAGCAACAUGGAACCUUCCAAAGAGGGCGCCCCACUGUCAGUCGCUCAUACGCUGGAGCUCCCUGAGUCUUUGAAGGACCCCUGUGCUAAUGGCUUCCAGAGCAUCAGGCUCAUAGACAAACCUGAGCUUCCUAUACUGGAGGUCCAGACCCAGCUGGAUGGCUUCACUCUCACUGCAAACUGUGCAAAGAGUCAUCAACAAGAGAAUUCUCCUCUGUUGUGCUGCUCGCCGCCGUCGCAGGGUCCUAUCGGUCAGUGGGUCUCAACACGGCGCGAAGAGAUCGUCGCACAGAUGACGGAAGCCUGCCUCAACCAGAGCUUGGACGCCCUCCUGGCACGCUCCAUGCUGAUGAGCGAGGAUUACGAACUGGUGGUCAACCAGCCCACCCGUGCUGCUAAGGUGCGCCAGCUGCUGGACAACUGCCACAGGCACAGUGAAGACUUCUGCCGCGUUGUCGUCCUGAAGCUGCACCGCAACAAGCAGACGGGCCUGCAACCGUACCCUAACGAGAUCACCUCUGCCACCACAGUAACGACACCCAGCGCGCCGCCACUCCCCGUGUCCUACAACAUCCAGAGGAACAUGUAAGAGUAGACUGCCAAAUGGACUCUCACUUUGCUGGGUCUUUUUUUUUUGUACUUCAUGUCAGUGUUUAUGCCACAAGCACUUGGCUUUUGUAUUAUCGAAAGAAAUUUGACUGAUUUUAUAUUCCAAAAGUUCUGUGUUAAGACUGAUUUAUUUAUAGUCCCUUAAUUCAAAACAGGGGUUUUACUUCUUUUGGGAUUAUUUUAUGAAUUUUGCUAACGCCUAUAUUCUCAGCACCAUAAUAAUGGUUGUUAUGUUAUUGAAGCACUUUAAGAUGCUGAGAACAUGCUGUAAAAAAUAGAGUUGAUCUACUUUGAGUCUCCAGGUCAAGGGUGUCCAAACUUCGGCAUGUGGAAGCUUCAGUGUGGCCCACGAGACGGCAUGAGUUUGAUGAGGAAUUUGGUGCACGGAGUGCCAACAACUUUAGCUUAAUCAGCUGAGAAUGUGUGUAAAUCAGGUCAAUGACCAUGAAUUGUACAUUGAAGUGUACACAGUACAGCAAUUACUUAUAUGCCCUUUUCCCACUCAUGGUGCAAACUGCAAAUCAACACAAAAACUGAAUACACACACACAAGGUCACACAUGUAUGUUGACCAUGUAACAUAACACAACCUGCUCACUGAACUUUGUGGACAUUAAAAGAAAAGUUAAAACACCAUACAUAGUUCAAAAUUACACCCAUUUAAAUCCAUUACAAUGCAGGAUGGGAAAAAUGCGAAACCCUCUCCGCACGUAGCAUUUUAGCUGCUUGAUAUUUCUGAAUGAUUACUAAAACUUAAGAAGGUUGUCACAAAAGUAAACAAGGUAUAACUUUUACAUACUCUUAAUAUCGAAUUAUGUUAAUCAUUAAUUAUAUAUCCAUUAUAUUAAUAUACAGUACAGGCCAAAAGUUUGGAAACACCUUCUCCUCAUUCAAUGGGUUUUCUUUAUUUUCAUGACUAUUUACACUGCAGAUUGUCACUGAAGGCAUCAAAACUAUGAAUGAACACAUGUGGAGUUAUGUACUUAACAAAAAAAGGUGAAAUAACUGAAAACAUGCUUUAUAUUCUUUGUAUUCACUUCUGUGAAGUGCAAACAAUUUCAGUUAACUUCACAUGUGUUCAUUCAUAGUUGUGAUGCCUUCAGUGACAAUCUACAAACCUCGUUUCCAUAUGAGUUGGGAAAUAGUGUUAGAUGUAAAUAUAAACGGAAUACAAUGAUUUGCAAAUAAUUUUCAACCCAUAUUCAGUUGAAUAUGCUACAAAGACAACAUAUUUGAUGUUCAAACUGAUAAACAUUUUUUUGUUUGCAAAUAAUCAUUUACUUUAGAAUUUGAUGCCAGCAACACAUGACAAAGAAUUUGGGAAAGGAGGCAAUAAAUACUGAUAAAGUUGAGGAAUGCUCAUCAAACACUUAUUUGGAACAUCCCACAGGUGAACAGGCAAAUUGGGAACAGGUGGGUGCCAUGAUUGGGUAUGAAAGUAGAUUCCAUGAAAUGCUCAGUCAUUCACAAACAAGGAUGGGGCGAGGGUCACCACUUUGUCAACAAAUGCGUGAGCAAAUUGUUGAACAGUUUAAGAAAAACCUUUCUCAACCAACUAUUGCAAGGAAUUUAGGGAUUUCAACAUCUACGCUCCGUAUUAUCAUCAAAGGGUUCAGAGAAUCUGGAGAAAUCACUGCACGUAAGCAGCUAAGCCCGUGACCUUCCAUCCCUCAGGCUGUACUGCAUCAACAAGCGACAUCAGUGUGUAAAGGAUAUCACCACAUGGGCUCAGA